AUGUCUCCAAUCGCAAUGACUGUAGCCACAGAUUCUCAGUUUGGACCCCUCAUAGAAGCUCUUAAAUCGGCUCCUACUGCGCCAGAUGCCAAAGCCGCAGCAGAUCGCCUUGCCCGCGAAGUCUCAAAAUUUGGCUACGAAUCACUAAGUGAUGCCAAUAUCAUCUCUACGCUUCAUACCUUUGCUACAAACAAGAAGUCUGGAUAUGAACGCGAAUCAGCCGCCAUGGGGUUCCAAUCCCUUGCAACUGUUCUGGGUGCACCUGCUGCCCCUCAUCUUCUUUCCUCUCUUCCCGUUCUUUUUGAGCUGUACAUGGACAAAGGCGACGUCGUACGCGCUGCUGCCACUGCCGCUUGCAAGGCAAUCCUCAAGCUGUUCCCGCCUGAAGCCACUCGCGUCGUUUUCCGCGCUCUCGAGGAUAUCCUGGACGAUGGAAAAUGGCGCACGAAAGUCGGAGCCCUUGACGCCAUGAAAAGCUUCGUUACCACUGCCCAGGAAGCCGUGGCAGAGCAGCUUGGUGUCAUACUGCCGAAAGUCGAAGCAGCCAUGCACGACACCAAAACUGAGGUAUCCUCUGCUGCCAUAAAAUGCGCGACCGCCCUCUGCGGUACCCUCGCCAAUGCCGACUUGACCUCUCACAUCCCUGCCCUCGUCAAGUGUAUGUCAAAUCCUGAUUCAGUUCCCGCUUGCAUCAAGUCCCUCUCCAACACAACAUUCGUUGCUGAGGUCACUGCACCAGCUCUGGCCGUCCUUGUUCCACUCCUCAUCCGCGCGCUGAACGACCGUAGCAUGGAGGUUCAAAGGAGAACGGUCGUCGUCAUCGAUAACCUUGUCAAACUCGUUCGCGAUCCUAAUAUCGCCGCCACGUACUUGAAUCCUCUGGUCGACGGUGUAGAGAAGAUCGCGAAAGGUGCUGCAUUCCCAGAAGUCCGCGCCUUCGCCGAGACAGCGCUCAACACCCUCCUGAAGGCCGGUGCCUCCAAAGACGGGCCCCCGCCUCCUCAGCGCAACAUCGAAGAAGAGACCAAGUCUGUCUCUGCAGCUAUCCUCACACUUCUUUCCCAGGAUCUUGUAAUUGUUUCUGCUAGCAUGCACAACGGUCCGCAUACACCGAGGCAUCCUUUGCUGGCGGCUAGCAUUUACUUCGCAUCCACUCUUGCUGCCGACCUCGCUCACACCCGUCGCUUCACGGAUAGCAAGCAGUGGUACAGAUGCGUUGGCAUUUACUUCAACCCCUGGUUCCCGGCCGAUCAGCAGUCCGGCGAGGCCUUCGGCGAGCAGGUGCGCCAGCACUUCCAUGCCAUCGACAAGGCGAAGCACGCUCCCGCCAGCGCUGGCGAUGACGCUGAAGGCGAGGUUCUUUGCGACACUCUGUUCUCCCUUGCCUAUGGUGCUCUUCUUCUCCUGUCCCAUACCACCCUCCGCCUUAUCCGCGGCCGCCGCUACGGUAUCCUUGGUACCAAUGGAUCCGGAAAGUCUACUUUGAUGCGCCAGCUCCGCGACGGCAAGGUUGAGAACUUCCCUCCGCAAAGCGAGUUGCGCUGCGUCAUGGUCGAGCACUCCCUGCAGGGAGAGGACACUUCGCGUUCUAUCAUUGACUUCAUUGCGUCUGACACGGCUCUUGCUGAUGUCCCGCGCGAGAAGAUCAGGAGACAGCUUAUUGAGGUUGGAUUCGAUGAAAUUCGUCAGGCGGAAGUCGUUGGCGGUCUCUCUGGAGGCUGGAAGAUGAAGCUUGAGUUGGCUAGGGCCAUGCUUUACAACGCUGAUCUUCUGCUGCUUGAUGAGCUGGAUCGCGAUUCCGUGCGGUGGCUGGAACAGUAUCUCAUCGCUAAGAAGCGCGUGACAUGCUUGAUCGUCAGUCACGACUCUGGGUUCCUGGACACUGUUACGACAGACGUUAUUCACUACGAAAGCAAGAAGCUCGUGUACUACCCAGGCAACCUGUCUUCAUUCGUGGAGAAGCACCCCGAAGCAAAGUCGUACUACACCCUUGCCGCCACCUCGGUUAAAUUUUCAUUUCCACCUCCCGGAUCGCUCAUGGGUGUCCGCAGUAAUACCAGGGCUAUUUUGAAAAUGACGAACUGUACCUUCACUUACCCCGGACGGAGUACCCCUAGCUUGCACGACGUCAGCUGUGCGCUGUCCCUAUCGAGCCGCGUUGGGAUCGUAGGUCCAAAUGGUGCAGGUAAAUCCACACUCGUCAAACUUCUUACUGGCGAGACUGAACCUCAAGAGGGUACGGUGUACAAGCAUCCGUCUUUGCGCAUUGGUUAUGUCUCUCAACAUGCCACCCACCACAUUGAGCAACACUUGGAAAAGACACCCAUCCAAUACAUCCAGUGGCGGUUUCAGGACGGCCAUGAUCGUGAAAUCCUGGAGAAGGCGACUAGGGUACUCACUGAUGCCGAGAAGGCUCAGCUGGAGGUCGAGUUCGUCGGCAAGAACGGACAACGCCGAAAGCUCGAGCUGAUCAUGGGUCGCCAAAAGUUGAAGAAGUCCCUCCAGUACGAAGUCAAGUGGCGAGGUCUGGACCACCGUUUCAACACGUGGAUACCACGAGAACAGCUCAUUGAGAAGGGGUUCACAAAGCUUGUUCAGCAAUUCGAUGACUUGGAGUCAUCGCGAGAAGGUGCCGGUACACGGGAUACAUCUCUUCAUCUUGUCCGCAAGCACCUGGAGGAUAUCGGUCUCGAUGGCGAUAUCGCACAAUACAACGAAAUCGCCGGUUUGUCCGGAGGCCAAAAGAUCAAGCUCGUCAUUGCAGCCUGUUUAUGGAACAACCCGCAGAUCUGUGUGCUGGAUGAGCCAAGUAACUUCUUGGACCGAGAGGCCCUCGGAGGGCUUGCGGUCGCCAUCCGCGACUGGGCGGGUGCUGUCGUCAUCAUUUCUCACAACGAGGAGUUCGUGUCUGCAUUGUGCCCCGAGAUCUGGCACGUUGAGGCGGGACGGGUGAAGCAGAAGGGUAAAACUGCAGUCGUCGAGGAUGCGUUCGCAGACGCGAAGUCCGCCCGCGCCAGUGGAGCCAAUACGCCUGCACGCUCGCGCCUGCAGACCCCGGCUGCAUCGAACGCCGGCACUCCUGCAGGUAGCGGCGCGGAGCGCGACGGCAGCGCAGCAGCACUUCUCGUCAAGAAGAAAAAGAAGGUGACGCGCAACCAGCUCAAGGCUCAGGAAGAACGCAGGCGUGUUCGCAAGCUGAACUGGCUCGCCUUUGGGGGCCCCAAGCCAGAGGACACUGAUAGUGAUUAGAUUCAUGCCCCGUUACUGCGCCAUAGGUUUCGCGCUAGACUAGUGUUUAAGUUAUUCAGUCACAUUAGAUGGGCAGACGUUGUAUAGAGGGAUUCACGGGUUUCUUCUACAUUAUUGACACAGCUAUGAUCACGAGAGGAUGGAGCUAUUCGGCGUCCGAGUCGUACUCUUCGC